UGACCACCAGUGUGGAUGUGCGGGGAUUUGUCAAAAAGUCAAUCGAAUGUGCCGAAAGGAGUCCCCGAUAAUGUUGUGAAUGAAAAGGACAUUCUUUACAGUACCGAUUUACAUUGAUUGGAGCGGGAAAGCAGAUCAACGUCAGGACGAUGACGGCAGAGUGUGUGUGGAUUGCAGUCGAUCGCUGUACCGUCCUGUGAUGUCUGCGAAGAAAAUUUCAUUAUUUGCCAAGUGGUAAGCGAUAAACGUGAUCGUACGGUGGUUGUAAUGAUAAUUCGAAUGCUGAAGAAGAUUAUUUUGUAUCGAAUUGGUGUCGAUCGAAUGGGCAAUAAGACGAAAAACGACAGAAAAUUGCAGAUUGCUCACGACAUAUUUUGCAUGGUGCUGGUGGUAUAAAUUUUGCAGCAGUAAGGUCCUGUGAGAGCCACGGAGGGUUCACGAGAGAACCAGAGAGCGAGUGAAAUAAGCGUUCGAUUUGUGGGGACGGACAAGACAUAAAUAAGUGUUGAAUGCGUUCUAAAUGAAUAAUUGACAGUUCUUCAGCCAAUAUCCUUCAGGAGCAGAUCAGAUUGUUGUGCACAAAUAUAAAAACUCAACGGACUCCUGGAGUUAGGAGGCAGAUAUCUGUGAUAGCAUCCUGCCAGUAUGAUCGAUGAAAUCGUUGAUCGGAUCAUGCAGUUUUUCGCCACUGGUUUGGUGGAAAAAGUCAUCAAAGCUUUACUGGUCCUGUGUGACCGCUUCGUAAACUUUAUCUUAUCACUCUGCGAAGGAAAUAACUAUAAGAAAAAGGAUGAAACAGUGGACGUAUUGUACACCAGUGGGAAUUUUCUUGUCAUAAAUAAAAAGCACGAUUUACUGAUAAAUUCAAACGAUACUAAAAAGAAAACCGUACAGACGAUCAUGCGAAAGCAAUUUCCAGAGUACGUGCAGGACAAUCUAACACACGACUUUUAUUUUGCUCAUCGGUUGGAUUUCGCAACGAGUGGGAUACUGUGCAUUCCACUGAACAAAAAUGCCUGUAAAGAAGUGUGUCAGGUAUUCGAGGAGCAGCGGGCUAGAAAAUAUUAUCUGGCCUUGUUACGAGGCCACACAGAUUUCGACGAAGAAGUUAUUGAUAUUGCGAUUGGCGAAGACAUCCGCUUCAAAGAUACCAGCAAAAAGAUGUGCACCAUCUUAGAGGACGAACUGUGCCAAAACCCGCGCCGGAGCAUCACCAAAGUGCUGGUGUUAGACCGGGGCUAUUACAAUGGAAAACCAGUUACCAAAGUGCUCUUGCGACCAAUUACUGGCCGACGCCAUCAGCUACGGCUCCAUUGCUCCCAGAUUGGGCAUGUAAUCGUGGGAGACUACACGUAUAGUCUGAAAAUCGAUACUUCACCACCACGGAUGUUCCUGCAUGCGUUCCGCUUAGUGUUGCCCAAUUCGUACGAGAAUAUCGAUAUUCAAACAGAUGACCCGUUCACGGAGAAGGCACUCAAGCACAAGUGGAAGGUGGCCGAGCAGGUGAACGGAAUUGGAACCGCGUUCGAUCUGAUAGAUUCUUUUUAACAUUUGUGGGAACCAUGUAGUUACCUGCGUAGAACCCAUACGUUUUCGUUUCGGCUGGAGCAGUUUCGUCGGCGUUUAAAUGUAAAUAUUCGAUCGUUUUCGCGAAUUUAUUCACUCUAGGUAUUCCUGUCCUCUUCGCUUUCGCCCCAGAGCAGCGAUUGAAGGGGACAAUCCGUUCUUUCGAAUCUGUGUUGAUUUGUUAUAUGUAUGAAAAACAGUAACUAAACAAAAAAUGCAGACUUACACACAUAAACACACAAACAUGAACAUAGCAAUGAAGUAUCAUCAUCUUGUCAUUUAGGUGAUGAUGCAAUGACGGAUAUUACUAAGAAUUACCCGCUUCCCCAAUUUUUGUGGGUGACGUGGGACUGCAGAUAGUACGUGGUCUAGUGCGUUAACGUAGUGUUACAAUUUCCGAUAGGCUAUUCCUGCCUAGUUAAUUUUUUUAUUAUAAGAAAUUUGUAACAACUUGUACCAAAGACACUAUUUUCUUCUUUGAAUUCCAUAAGAACAAUUAAUGAACAAAUCGUAGCUUUCGUAUAUUUUUGUUAUUGCAUUUGUUUUAUCAUUAUUCACAGACCGAAGUAGUUUUAUUCGUAUACUAGCUCGAAAUUUUCAAUGAUUUAUAGGCAAUUACUCGAUUGGAUUCGACUUUGACAGUUCAUUUAGAUAAUUUUUACGUUCCUAGAAAUGCAGCACUUUCUUACUAUGAGCGUCUCUGGUUUUUCAUUAAACUCAUAGACGAAAAUGGCUUUUGAAGUUUAGGUCUUAAAAUAAAAUUGCUUAAACUAGUGAAAUUCUGAUCUGUUUCAAUGUAAACACUUUGUUUAAGGUUCGAACUGUGGCUAUUUUGUAUAUGUGACGAAUCAAGCCUAUCGAAACAAAAUGCAAAGUGUCAUUAGCCACAAAUACACAAGUAAAAGCUCUGAGCAGAACUAGUUACACAUUUAAUCUUAUUAUUAAUUUAAGUUUAGAAAUAUUUACCUAAAACAAAGAUGAAAAAUCUAGAUAAUAAAGCGCGAAAUGUAGAAAAUAUCGAAGAUAAAUACAGUUUAGAUACAAGGAUAGAUAGUGAUUUACGUACUUAACGAAUUAGAGUGGCGUUAAAGACUGUUCUGAAACCGGGACCGUAUCUUUUUUUCUUCAAUCGUUCAUACUACAACAAAAAUUAACACGCGCUUCCAAAUAGCCCAAUGAUAACUUUCAGAUUAACAUGUUUUUAUAUAUCAUGCAUACAUGCAUAAACAAGCUGGGGAACUACCUUUUAAUCAAUAAAAUAUUUUCUGGUUUGAAGUAUUGAACUAAAAUGUAAGCAGACCAAUAAAUAUAUUAAAUUCAUAAUAUGUGUGAAAUUGGGAUAGCAAAACAUGUUAAUCAAUGCCCGUACAAAAAUUCCACUGAACAAUUCAAGCCAAUGUCAUCGUUCAACAAACUAAUGGUUUCUUUAAUAUUGAUAAUUUGUUGAAGUGUUUUAUUAAAUUUUCUCAACGCUAAACCGAUUCAUCUGCAGUGAUGAAGAACACGUCAGAUUUUCCUAAACUUGUACUUGUAAACUUAACAAAAAAUGAAACAAUUCUCGAUCCCGCUAACGGAAAUGUCUACGCCAAUACUCGAAGCAAAACAAUUCCAAUAAUAAAUACUGAUCUUUCAUCUUUACUACGCCAAUCAUGAAGUUAUUCAGAGUAAACUAAGAACCGUGGAAACGUUUUCGCGGAGAGCGUCGUUCAUAGUUUGCACACACAUGGUUCACCUUUCGCAAGUCGCCAGCAUUGAAUGAACAAAUUUAACAUUAGUCUAGUUUGAAUCCAAUCAACGCAAACGAAUGAAAGUAAUGUAGAUAAAUAGAAAUCACAACAAUGUCGCCUAACACUACUUUUGAUAUAAAAACUAUCGGAAAUAAGGCCAUUAUUGUAUCGCCUGAAAAAAAAACAUUCGAAUAUGCUAUACUUUCCCAUUUGUCAACUAUUCAAAAUAGCUUGCAAUUAUACAGGAAUUUUUUUAGCAGUGAAUUAAAUAAGUUAUUUCCACUGAUUCUCAAUAUUUUUGAUUUAAUUAAGCGAUCAAAUAGAUGAUUUAUUACUGUGGGUACAGCAAAUAGUUGAUUUGUUCAAAGUUCAUUCAUUACUGUUAAAACUGCCGCAGAUAUACGAAGCCUAGAAGUUCGUAUUGUUUUUCAUUUCUUGUUCUAUACGUUUGGUGAUGAUUAUGAUCUUAGUCACACUGCCAUGAUUGGAUUCUUUUAAAAGAUGUUUCAACGCAAAGCGAAGGAAAUCUCAGGAACAAAUUUUAAAUUUUCAGUACAAUGCGGCAAUUUUGAUUACAUACCUUGUGAAUUGCGUUCGCACAUAGUUCGAAUAUGUUUUCCUUUCCGUUCUAGUGCUUUUACGAUACAAUCGAAUUGUUAGGAAGCUUAUCUUCAUAUAUCAAAUUUGUUAAAUGGAACCAAUAUUUCUGCCUGUAAACACAAACAAUAGAAUAGUUAUCAUACAAAAAAACAAUCGUACGUAAAAGUAUAUUAAGAACAAUUCUUUGUUUUACUAUCGAGAAAAGACAGAAAAUAAAAUGAAGCUUUUUUGAAGUCAUUGA